AAUAAACCUCAAGACAAGUUUAUACUGGAGUACGAUAUUACUGUGUUAAGUUAGACGUUCAGCACCUUGUCUUACAACAUUUGCUUCUAAUAUAACUUAUUCUAGACAUGAGAGUUAUUUCCUGAAGGCCUCACUGUUAAAAAUGUUUUUGACACAUAUGAUUCAUCUAAAUGUGGACUGGUGAUGUUCCAGCUGCAUAUGCUGUCUGUUCUAUGUACUGUUCCAGCAUGUGCCCGCACACUUUGUCUGGGGCAUUAGGGUGUUAAUGGAUUACUGAAAGGUGUUGACUCAGGUGUGUGUGUGUGUGUGUGUGUGUGUGUGUGUGUGGGUACACUGCUCAAAGUGUGCUGGGAUCUAGUUUAGGCACCAGCCCUCCAUCCCCUCUCCACCUCUCAUGCUCCUCUGCGACGUUCCUGAGAUCUUCGUAUUGUCCCACCUUUGUCUCCUCCUGCGGCCUCAUCUUCGUCAUCUUCUGCCCCCGUUUCCGCGCGCCAUGUCUCCUCUCUGCGUCGCCUAAACAGUCACCGACCCCCCACGACAUGGACAUCGGCGGGCUGACCACGGUGGUGGCAAAUUCUGCCUACAUCAACGCCCGCGGGAGCAUCGACGGCUCCAACGCCGCAACAGCCCGGGACAAAAAGUACCACUCUCGCCUCAAGCUGCCCCACAUCACCGUGUGCGAGGGCCUGAGGGACACGCUGGAUUUGGCCUUUGACAUCAUCUGCGUGGAGCAGCCCAUUGGCAAGCGCCUCUUUCGGGAAUUCCUGGACGCCAAUCCAGAGUAUCACGGGCCCUGCCGUCUGUGGAAGGACAUCGAGAGCUAUGACCUGGCAGAGGACUCGGAGAGGAUGAACAAGGCCUCAAAGAUUGUCCAGCGGUACAUGGAGCCCUCGGCCAAACACUACUGUCCCUUCCUGUCUGAGGACAUCAUCGCUAAGGUGAAGCAAGGCCAGGAGUCGGUACAGGACGAUCUGUUCGCCGCGGCGUUGGCCACGACGUUGGCCUACCUGCGGGAAGCGCCCUACAUCUUCUACCUGGAGAGCAUGUACCUGAAGAGGUUCCUGCAGUGGAAGUGGCUGGAGAUGCAGCAGAUGGACGCCGACUGGUUCCUGGACUUCCGCGUGCUGGGGAAAGGUGGGUUUGGGGAGGUGUCUGCGUGUCAGAUGAAAGCCACGGGGAAACUGUACGCCUGUAAGAAACUCAACAAGAAGAGGCUGAAGAAGAGGAAAGGCUAUGAGGGUGCGAUGGUGGAGAAGAGGAUUCUGGAGAAGGUUCACAGUCGCUUCAUUGUGUCUCUGGCCUACGCCUUCCAGACAAAGGACGAACUUUGUCUGGUCAUGACCAUCAUGAAUGGAGGAGACCUCAAGUACCACAUCUACCUGGUGGAUGAGACCAAGCCGGGCUUUGAAGAACCCAGAGCCUGUUUCUACACGGCUCAGAUCAUUCAGGGCAUGGAGCACCUGCACCAGAAAAGAAUCAUCUACAGGGACCUCAAACCAGAAAAUGUGCUGCUGGAUAAUGACGGGAACGUACGUAUAUCUGACCUGGGUCUUGCUGUGGAGCUGAAAGAAGGCAAAACGAUGACCAAAGGCUACGCUGGGACACCAGGCUACAUGUCCCCGGAGAUGUUGAAAGGAGAGAAAUAUGACACCUCGGUGGACUAUUUCACUCUGGGAGUGACUCUGUAUGAGUUCAUAGCUGCUAAGAACCCGUACAGGAACAGAGGAGAGAAGGUCGACCGUGAGGAGAUGAAAGAGCGCGUGCUGACGCGGGUGGCGGAUUAUACGGACAAUUUCACUGAGAAUGCAAAGUCGCUCUGUGAAGGGCUGCUGGCCAAACAGGUCGAUGUGAGGAUGGGUUUUAAGAAUGGAUCCUGUGACGAGAUCAGAGCUCACCCAUUCUUCAAAGACAUCAACUGGAGGAAACUGAACGCAGGUAUUCUACCGCCUCCCUUUGUCCCUGACCCUAAAGUGGUGUACGCCAAAAGUCUGGAUGACGUUGGGGCGUUCUCUUCGGUGAAGGGCGUGGCCUUGGAGGACCCCGACAAAACCUUCUUUGACGAGUUCUCCACUGGCAACAUCGCCAUCCCCUGGCAGGAGGAGAUGAUUGACAUGGGUAUUUAUAGAGAACUCAACAUUUGGGGUCCUGACGGCACCCUCCCAAAUGACCUCCGCAGGGAGUCCAUACUAGAGCAGCCAAAGUCAUCGACCUGCUGCACGUCGUAGAGUGAAUGACGUGUCUUGAAAGACUCAGAAAUUCAGAACAGACACUAAUCUCUUCUGAUUGUAGAAUCACAAUGAACAGAAAAAAGCAGAUUUUCUACCUGGAAUGGACUGAACCAUUGAUUUAGCACCCGUACAAAUCACACCUAGUUAAGCAGAAUUUGCAAAGUUUUUGUAUUUUUUCAGCUUUCUAUCCACAUGGAACUGCAGUUUUGGGAUCCCUGAAUUACUAGUUUUGGAAAACGUGUCCCAGAGUGAAAAAUCUGAAAUCGUCACCCUUACAUUGCAUUUUCCUCACACGUACACUUGACUUGCUUAACAGUGGACAUAGUUGAAGCUUGGUUCUGGAGGCAGAAGUAAGAAGACCAGUGUCUGCCUUUGUUGACUUUGCAGCAAGAGUCGCUAAUGUUGCUAAAUUGGUGGCUAAAUAUUUGAUUGGCUGGUGCUGUGUAAGAAGAUGGAAAUGCUAAACUUUUCUAGUGGCAGUGCUAGCAAAGCAAAGCAAUACACUCACAAUGCCCUUCAGCAAGAUUUGAUACCAUUCAAAGUGAAUGAAAAGCUCCCUCCACCGUGAAUGUGUGAAUUGAAUUGGCCACUGGCUUUGUACAUAUGUUGUUAUUACAGU